UAUCUAUCUAGCUGGACCUGGGUAACUCCAGGCGUCAACACCAGUGUGGCACUGCUCUACCUGGUGGUUAUUAGAGGUAGUUACCAAUGAAAAUGUUAAGAUUUACCCGCCCUUAAUAGUCCAGGAAUGAGGAAAUUGAUAUGGCGCUUCCUUCGUUCUGAUGGCGAGUGAAUAUUUGAUGUAAUUUAGUGAUCUGCCGAUGACACACAGCUUUUUGGCGACUGAUCUCGUAACAAAAGCCACCUUGCUUUAAACUAAAUUGUUUGCCAAAUGUUUAUGUUCAUCAUUCUUGAGCUGCAGUAAUAAAGUCACGCCCAUGUUCUACGUCAGUCAGUAUUUGCGGAAGUGAUCUAGAAGCGACCAUCAAGCCACCAUAAUAUAGCCGUAGAACGAUAGUUUGGGAUCAAAAUAAGAUUUACAAACUACCCAAAACUGUUAUCUGUUUAUAUAUCUUAAAGCGCAGCAUUGUAUAUUUACUACGCCGAACAUAUGUAUAGCAAAAAAUAGAAAAGAUCACGAAACAAAAGAUUUAAGCGUCCCAUUUUAUAAACAAACCUUCAACGUGGCAGUGGUCAAACAUGUGUCAAAUGUUCAAAUAAUCCUGCGCAAUAUGAAAUUAUAUUUAAAAAUACCUUUAUUCGUCGACUAUUUCACCGUUUUCAUUUACUCUGUGGAAUCGAAGCGGUAUCAUCGUAGCUGAUUUUAUACUGAAACUGACACCCGGAAGAGCUGCAAGUCAAUCCGCAUUAGUUGACUCUGUAAAUCCACUGACGUAUACUGCAGUCCAACGACGACAUGUCUUGACGUUUAUUUCUGUUUUGAAAGUAGCCGAGUGCGCAAUAUUUCGUUCAAUGCGCGUCUGAAUGGAUGAAAAAGGCCCUUGGACUCGCGCGGAGCCGUGUCGGUCCAGUGAAGGUCCGUGUAGAAGGGACAGCAGCAGCCAGACCUGCUGCCGGCUACAAGGUUAUUGGCCCCGGCUGACAAAGGUUAACCUGUUCACCCUUUUGAGUUUGUGGCUGGAGUUGUUUCCUCAAGAGGAGGCAGAGGAAAAUGGGGAAAAUCAGAAGUGUAGACUGGGUCUGGUCGUGGUCCGGAACAGUAAGGUGGUGGGACUUCACUGUUCUGGAUCAGAGUUACACGCGGGACAGGUGGCCAUCAUCCAGCAUGGUGCCAGCCUGUCGGACUGUGACCUGUACUUCUCGAGGAGACCUUGUGCCACCUGCCUCAAGAUGAUCAUCAAUGCUGGUGUCAGCCAGAUCUCUUUCUGGCCCGGAGACCCUGAGGUCAGCAUGCUGAGCUGCAGUUCCACGCAACAACCUCACAGUUUGGCCGUUGACAUUAAAGAAGAGGCGGCGCUUGACGCUGUAGCGACGGAGAAGCUCAAAUCCAACAGCCGUGCACAUAUCCGUGUGCUGCUGCAGCCGCUGCCUCCGGGCCUUGUUCACUAUGUUGAGAGCACGUCCAAAGAGUGCGACUUCAUGGAGCGGCUGAAGAAGGAUGACCCAGCACUGGACACGGACAAACUUUUCAACAGGGACAGGACAAGACACAUGGAGGAUUUCUCUAGACACUUCCUGAUCCAGUCUUCUCAGCAGCACAGAGAGCUUCUAAGGCUCAUGGGUCUUGAGAACUUUUGCGUGGAACCUUUCUUCUCCAACCUUCGGAACAACAUGAGGGAGACGGUGGAAGUGCUGGCUGCGGUGGCUGCUGGUGUGCCGCAGUGUCACCACAGCUUCUACAGAGAACCAGCUUCUGUGCCAGGAGCGCCACGUGACGACGGAGUGUCUCAGGAGGUGGCACGUCACUGCAUCGUCCAGGCGAGGCUGCUGGCCUACAGAACUGAGGAUCCAAAAGUAGGCGUAGGUGCAGUUAUUUGGGCCAAAAGUCAAGAGGCUGGUUACAGUGGGACCGGGAGUCUCUACCUGGUGGGUUGUGGGUACAACGCUUACCCAGCAGGCUCUGAGUAUGCAGAGUAUCCGCAGAUGGACACGAAGCAAGAAAACAGACAGACCCGGAAGUACAGAUUCAUAAUCCAUGCAGAGCAGAACGCCCUCACGUUCAGAACUUGUGAUAUUAAACCGCAUGAGGCCACCAUGUUGUUUGUCACCAAAUGUCCGUGUGACGAGUGCAUCCCGUUGAUACGGGGAGCCAGAAUCACUCACAUCUACACAACGGACCAGGACCGGGAUAAAGACAAGGGAGACAUUUCAUAUUUGCAAUUCGGCAGCCUGAAAAACAUCAAUAAGUUCAUAUGGCAGAAGACUCCUUCUUCUCUCAGCCAGCUCACAAAUGGUUUAAUUGGAAAACACAAUCGGGAGCAGGAGCAGAGUCACACCAGGAAGAAGCUUCGGACUUCCUCUGAGGACUUGCCCGUCGUCAGCUGAAAGUCGAUGUGGAAUAAGUGAUAAACCACAGCCUCACGCAGACACAAACAUUGAACAAGAAAAGAUUUCUAUAUAGCAAAUGAGGUGACAAAAUAAUUAGUCACAAAAUAAACCUUUCAACUAUUUUA